AUGUCACAAAAACAUCAAACUUCCCAGCCAGACCACAGCCCGUGGAGUAUCGAAGCGUACGACAAUAUGGCUGGCACAUCAUACACUUGGCCAGGGACACCAGGUGCCAGGCCUCAAAGGCCUUCCAACGGCGAUCAUCAGAUCGUUCCACACGAUAUUGCGGCAAACAGCGGCCUCGUCCAGCUGAACACUAACCCUGGCCCCUACUCCUUCAACAACCCGUCCACCUCUAACGAUGAUUCCACCAAUGGUAUGCCGGGUAUCAAAUGCCAUAGUAACGGUAGCAGGGUGGCCGCUUGUCCACAUCCCGCAAUGCCCAACAAUGUGCAUACAGAGAUGCAAGGGCUUCACCAUUUGCAGAAUAGCCAGGGUGACAUGCAGAAUCUUCCGCCCAUGUAUCCUUCAUUCGGGGUCCAACAACCGGUCAGCAACGGCAAUGGGCAUACGCACAGCAAUAACGACAUCAAUAGCAACGGCAACGGCAACGGCAACGGCUGCAAUUUUCAUGGACGAAUGCCCGACACUCAUCACAAUACAACCUGGAAUGUGCCCGGCCAAAAUAACCAGAGUACUAAUAUGGUUGCACAACAAAAUGGAACAGCUCAACUUCUUCAUGAAGGGGAUCCUGGAAUUCCUCCCCAAAUGCAAGGGAAUUAUCACAAUGAGAUGUUCCAUGCACCCAACCGCCCUGAACAGGAUAACAACAUGGUUACAUACCAGAGCGGAGAGGCUCAACGUCCCUAUGAAAAGUUUCCUGAGCUUCCUCGACAAUAUCUGUCACCGCCUCAUCCGCAUGCACAGCAUCUUCCAGUAGAAAACGGGAUAAUUAUCCCGCCCCGCCUUCAGUCCAAUGAUGUCCCACCAAUGAAUGGAGGGCAUCCUAUCCCUCCUAUCCCUAACUCGCGGGCAACAAAUGACGGCAUUGGAAACCAUCAUCUGCACCCACAUAUUGGCCAAAACUCCCCACUGUCUGAUCACCGUUUCGGGUUAUCCCUCUCUCAAAUUCAACCUAUUUGUCCUGGAGACAUGGGGACUGCACCUCGUCCACCAACCAACGACAUGUACCGAAUUGACGUUUAUCAACCUAACCAGGGAAUAUCACAGGGAAACCCAGUUACCAAAAUAGGCGCGGUUAAUACUCCUGCAUUCGAUCAACCUUCAGUCCCUUACCACAGUGCACCAACCUUCGAUCCCGCUGUCGCUAAUUUGGGUACGCCUGCAUACCAGCCAGAGGUUCACGCGGGAUCCCAAAACUCACAAUUUCCCCCCUCUGGUGCUCAUGCGCCUGGAAGGGUUUUUUCCUCUGAAACUAUGUCUCAUUCAAAUCCUUCAAAUGGCGGAUUUAUCAUGCCGCCAAAAUCGAAUGAAAUUAGCUCUGGUGUUCAGCAUCCUAACGGAAUGGGUGCCGGACCUCGACCAAAUGCAACUGAGCCCGAUUUCCACAAUGGCAAGCAAGUUAACGGUGGUGUUCAGCCGGUCAAUAAUCAAGACAUUGAAAAUACGGGAAAUACAUACACUGGCCAGCAUGCAAAUCCAAGCAAUCAUAGUUUCCUGAAUCGCGUGGCCCAUAAUCCGACCCCAGAUACAAGAGUGCCUACAGCGCAGUGGCCAGCCUCAGUUCCAGCCCCAACCAUUCCUCCAUAUCAAGACGCCCCUGUACAUAUUCUCGACGUGCACUCCGUUCAACGUCCCAAGUUUGGGAUCCCGCCAGGUCCCUAUGCGCUAACUGCGGGUGCAGGAGGUACAUUCACUUAUCCGGCUAUUUUUGGAUGUCCGGCUCCAAGCCAUCCUGCUCCGGCUAAUUGGAACGUAAACGUGAGCGGAAACGAACACACCCAUGGAAACAGACCGUCUCCAGCUCAUGCUCAAAUUCAACAACUACCCUCCAACCCACAGAAGGAGAACAGCAUGAGCUUGACUCCAUCCGUGAACGUCAACCACGAGAAUGGAAUACCUAUACAUCCGGUCAUGCCACAGGGUGGCAAUAGUGGGGCGCAUCCAGGCUCACCCGUUUUGAAAGAAUCUGGACAUCCACCCGCACCAGCUCCAACCGCAAUUGGAAUGCCUGUUCGCGUUCCCGUAGCACCAACCCAUGGUAUGGGCAUUGCUCCUAACGUGAAGGGAAUGACGAGGGAUACCAACAAUCUUCUUUUACCUCCCGACUCAUUAGACGACCUCUUAUGGCAAUUUUUUGCUGGUUGGGACAGCGCCAAGGAGGAGGAGAUGGAGGGGACUGAGGAUCCUCUAACCUCCACUUCUUCAGGGCAGAGUAUGCCAUUUCAUAGCACGCCUGAUGCCUUGGCCAGUAGAGUGGCGGCAACAAUGCAACAAGAGCAACCAGUUACUGUUUCAAUGGGUGAAAUUCAGGUUGAUAUGGAUAAGGGCUUCCGUGAGCUGAUGGAGCAGAUUGACCAUGAUAAUUUCCCAGGGCUUCUUGAGGAAACUUUGUCGCACACAGAGCCUAGUUCGAGCCGGCGCGACACAGUUCAUCCUGAUCUGGGAGAGGGGUUUUCUGAGAAUUUCGGUGAGAAGAUUGAGAGGGUCGGCCGUGUUAAUUAUAAUUUACUAAGCCUCCAUGGCAAAAAUCAGUCCUCUAUCGAUUUAAGCUCAACCCAGCAGGGCACACCAAACCUUAAACCGGACAUCCACUCCAGCGGUGGUGAGGGAAAUAAGAGGGCGGGAGACGACGGAAACGAAAAGGUUUAG